AUGUACCGCUCGCUCGUCUUCACCACGAACCAGCACUACUGCCUGCACAGCCUCGCCCUCGUUGUGCGGCCGCGGCAGCGCGAGCAGCUGCACACCACGGCGUUUCAGGCUGGUGAGUUGACGCGGCGUGUGCACUGCGAGGGCUGCAUUGCGAUUCACCGCUACAACGCCGACCUCGCGGUGCGGGAACUACACGUUCCGGCCCGGCUGCUGCAGGGCCUCCUGCCCAGCGCCCUGCUCGAGGCGUUUCUCUUCUGGCAAGAUGAAGAGGACGACAAGAUACGCGGCUACCCGCUCGGCGACGCGCAGGACUACUGGUUCAGCUACACGCUUGAGGUGCGGUUGCGGCGGGGCGCUGGCGACUGUAUCGUCACGCGGCGCAGCGGCACAACGCACCAGCCCAGCAGCAGCGGCGGUGGGCGGAGACCGCAACGUCAGUUCCGCGGCGCGAAGAGGCCCAAGACGGAGACAGCGGUAUCCGCGAACGAGGAGGUGGAGGUGACGCAGGCGCAGGUGGCGCUGGUGUGCAGCGCGCUGCCGUACUUGACGGACGCGACGUGCUGCUGGCUGCUGCAGCGCACGCACGGCGACGUGGCGGCGGCGAUUCAGCAGGCGACUGACCCCGACACCCGCGACGCCGUGGCGGCCGUCGACAAUGAGGAGCGGCAGAAGGAACAUCAGGCCGAAGAGAACGAGGAAGGAACCACACACCACGACAACGACAACGAGAUUCAUGAGGAGAAGGAAGCACCACUCGUGCUACUCAACCUGCUGCAGAACGUUGAGCUGUUCCCACUGCUGCAGCUGUUGACGAGGCUGGAAGACUGCUCGCACAUCUUGGUCUGGGGACGCGCAUCUGCAACACAGCCGCGUGCAGAGGAGGGAGAGAAAGGAACUAGUGCGACGCUGGCGGAUGUGGUGUCGAUUGAACUGCCGCGACUCCGCGCAAAAUUGCAUCCGCAUGUCGACACCACCACCGGCCGCCUGCGCCUGCACCUCGCCGACCACCCCGGCUGGUACAUCGCGGAGGCCGACGACAUCCCGCACAGUACUGGCAGCAAGAAGAGCAGCGGCAGCAGCGGUGGCCAGGAUUUCCUGCACCAGCUGCAGCGCCCCUUCCAGGAGUGUGUAACGCUGUGCAAUAGCACCAACGACUUCGCGCUCAUGGUGCCAAACCACGACUUCACCCCGAUGAACGUCCAGGACGACCCAUUCAGCCCACUGCUGCUCUUCGACCGCGCAUCGCUGCGCUGGCAGGAGAAUGUGCCGUCGCCGUUCUACCUCUACGCUGUACACCCGUGCGGCAGCUUCCUCACGCCGCCGACGCUCGCCGCCUCGCUUUACUAUGCGGUUGUGCAGUGUGCGACGCGGCACUACGCAGGUGCGAUGCGGACGCUAGAGUCGUGCUACACGGAUAGCGCCUUCACUGGCGAGGAAGCCUUUAUGUUCGGCCUCAUGGAGCGCACGCUGCAAGACCGUUUUCCUGACGCCCACGCGGUGCGGCUGAAACUCGCCCACGCGGUGCAGUACGGCCCGCAAGAGCUGCCGUGGGCCCUCCACAUCGACCUUUCUGGAUACCUACAGAAGAAGCGGCACGUCUCACAGGCGUGCCAGCUGACGCGUGACGAGGUUAUCGACCUCCUCCGCCGCUGCUCCAAGGCAGUGCCCAUCAUCCAUGCGCAACUGCAGCUGUGGGCCGGCCUGCUUAAGGCCGAGCAGAAGCAGCAAAAGAGAGCUGAGACCAAACCAAAGCGCCGCAAGUCGUGUGGCGAUGCGCUGAAGGUGACACUGCAGACGCCGCGGCUGGACCGCUGCGGCUACCCCUGGGAGCACCUGCUGCAGUACCGCUGGUCACGCAUCGCACCACAGAGACCGCGGCGCGUCACGUACGAAGCGCCACCAACAGAAUCGCUGCAGGAGCAAGGCCUCGUCGAGUUCCUCUGGCAGGACAAGCUUCUGUCCGACGAGGAGAGCGGGGCGAACAGCAAGCUCGGGUUUUACUUUCUGUACUGCUUGAAAAAGGACAAGCUCACACCGAAGUUGUUCGGUGGCGACGUGCGCGUGACGCUGACGCAGCUUCUCACGCGCUGGUUUCACCUGCGCCACGCCCGCUGGGGGCGCGAGGCGCUCCGCGACGGUGAGACAGAAGUGCGGCCGUCGUGGUGCGGUGCGGUGCUGCAGCUGUUUGACAUCGCACCUUCUGCCGGCUGGCCGGACACGCUGUCGGACAUGCAGGCGCAGUACCGCAUGCGCCGUGGCGUGAACAUGACGGAGACGACAGGCGAGGGCAUGGCAGCAGCGCCGACGCUGAUGCAGUUCUACCAGGCGCUUGAUCGCGUGGCGCGCACGACGUUUGAGUCCAAUGCGGCGGUGCAGCAGCAGCGGGAGCGGUGGCAGCUGAGUCAGAGCCGCACCGUCAUGCAGCGGAAGCUCUCUGUGCGCAUGACAGAUCACCUGCGGCCGCGCGUCGCCCCCGCGAACACCGGCCAGGACCAGCUGCAGCUCGCGUUCCGCGCAUUCCGCGCAACCGCACGCGAGGCGCUCCUGGCGAACGAAGAGGAGGAGAGCAACGGGGGUGCGGUGAUGCAGCGGCGACUGCUUGCGCUCUUUGGCGCGCCGCUGAGCGAGGUGGAGGUGCUGUCGCGCUUCAUCCACACGGAGCCUGCGGUACGGCGCGGGUGUGAUGGCCGGUUGCCCUUCGAUCUCCGCCGGCACGCUCAGUGCAGCACACCGCUUGCGCAGCACAUGCUGGAGCGCCUCGAGGAGGAUGCCGCCCGAUUUGCGCAGCAGCAGCAACAGCAGAUGCACCGCUCGCUGACGGCGCUUUCCCGCGAGCGGAUGCAAUCCAUUCUCUGCGAGGGCCGCACAGCCGCUGCUGUGCAAGGGGAACUUGCCACCGCGACGGAAGAUCUGCAGCAAUGCAUCGCUGCCUUGUCUGCCCUGAGCGCAGGGGAUAACGCGGACGUGCGGGAACUCACCGCGUCAGUGCUGCACCUCGCCAACGAUGUGCCCACCGACGGCAGGGGCAGCAAUGCCGACGAAGCUGAUGCCGCGCUGCAUGUGCGGGACUUCCGCCUGCAGCGGUUGCAAGGCAGCCGAUGUGCGGUGCCUCUCGAGUGGCUGCUGGGGGCGUUGUUGAGCACCGACAUGGCGGCGGAUCUGCAGGCUGUGAACCCCUUCCACGGCGAUGUGGCGCGGCUUAGGGCGGACCUUGUGCUGCUGAUGCUGCUCGCCAACCGCAGUUACAUGGCACAGCAGGCGAAGCAGUCGGUGCGCCAGCUGGUGCUCUUCCUCGAGCUGUGCGCGCUGCUUCGCGGCGUGAACGAGAAGAGCGACAGCAGCAACGCCAACAUGGCGGCGGGGCAAACGGCGAUGGACGCACGCCGAGCGCGACUGCAGGAGUUGCUGCAGCGUUUUUCCGUCGGUGUUGAUGUUGAGGCGCUGGAGCAGUGUGAGCAGCAACGACAGGAGACAAGCGGUGGCAGUGACGACGUCAUCACCACCAGCAGCCGUGGCAGCUGCCCAGUGCGGUGCCUACCCGAGGAUGUCGUGGCGGCGCUGGAGAGCCGCAUGCAGCAGCUGGCCAACGAGGCAAUUGACCUCCUCACUGCCAGGCGUCACUACGCGACGAUGUGCGGCGAGGACAACGCUGCGGUGGCGCUCGACCCACGGUACCUGCUGUUCGAGUUCAUGCACAACAUCCUGCUGCGCGCACGGCAGGUGGAGAUGGUGCGCUGGUUCGUCGACAACACCCGCGCCGGCGUCUCGCGCGUGCAGCAGAUGAUCAUGGGACAGGGCAAGACAACCGUUGUUGGCCCGCUGCUCGCGCUGAUCCUCGCCGACGGUGAGCAGCUCGUGACGCAGGUCAUGCCGACGGCGCUGCUGGAGCAGACGCGCGGCAUCUUGCGCCGCUGCUUCAGCGUGGUGGUGCCGAAGCAGAUCUACACGCUGCAUUUCGACCGCGCCUUUGACGACACCAACACAAGCCACAUCGCGCUGCUGCAGCAGAAGUUAACCGCCGCCGCCAGGACGCGCGCCAUUCUUAUCUCCGCCCCCGAGUGCAUCAAGUCCGUCUUCCUCAAGUCGAUCGAGCAGCUGCACAUCAUUGAAACCACGCCGACGGAGGAGCUCGACGCGGCUCACGACGCGGUGGACGAGCGCACGUCGGCACACGCGCAAGGACUGCUGCGCCGCACACAGCAACGCUCCGCCGUGGCGGACGCCAUCACACCUAUCAUUCAGCUGUGGCAGCGCGGAGUGCUCAUCAUGGACGAGGUCGACGUGCUGCUACACCCGCUGCGCUCUGAGCUGAACUUCCCCAUCGGCCUUAAGCACCCGAUUGACCUGAGCGGGCCACGCUGGACGCUGCCGAUCCACCUGUUGGAUGCGGUGUUCUUCUACCAGCGUGGACGUACUGCGACUGAUGGUGGCGCCGAGACAGCAGCGCAGCAAGACCAACGGGACAACGGGGCACGGAGUCGCCUGCAGGAGACGGUGCUCGCCGUCGUGCAUGACGCCAUAGCAAAGGGGUACGAGACACGUGCACUGCAGCGAGAGCCGCACCUUGUGCUGCUUGACCACGCGUACUACCAGGAGCUGUUGCUCCCCGCCCUGCUGCCAUGGGCACAGCUGUGGUUGUUCGAGCAGAUUGAACGUGAGAAGCGGCGUGGCGUCGCCGCAACAUGUGCGGCAUCCGCGUCAUCUUUGGAGUGGCAGACGUUUGUGGAGAUCACGACAGCCUUCCUGCAGCUUCCGGAGCGUCCCGACCGCGAGAGCACUGUGGGUUUUGCAAUCAACGCGAACUUCCGCCCCUUCGCGAUCCAACUUCUUUGUCUUGCCCACGACUGGCUUCACCGACUGCUUCCGCAUGUGCUUGCAAAGAUCAACCGCGUGAGUUUCGGCCUCCUGCAGCCGCAGGAACUCGCGCUGACGGACCCCGAGGAGCGCGAGCGGAUGCCGCUCAGUCGCCGCAUGAUGGCGAUCCCAUUUGUCGCGAAGGACGUGCCGAGCCGCAGCUCCGAGUUCGCCCACCCUGAUGUGGUGAUCGGACUGACCAUUCUCGCCUUCCGCUAUGAGGGCAUGCGUUUGGCAGAUGUGAAGGAGCUGCUGGUGCAGCUGAAGCAGGACUUUGCACGGCAGUCCGGACCCAAGGAGCACCGCCCUGCCGCAAAGUUGUACCACCACUGGCUUCGGCUCAGCGCCAGUCUCGUCGAUGGCGAAACCGAUGCGCCACCGUCGCCGUCUGGUGUUGCGGCCGCCGUUGUACCUGAUCGCUCCGGCAUCCCACUCUCACAGCUGCAGGUGACGGAUGAGGUUGCGAUGCAUGCACUGCACCGCCGUCUGCGCCACUUGCCNGAGGUGGUGCACUACUACCUCUGCUCGCACGUUUUUCCCCGCACCAUGAACUUCCAGGGCAUGAAGAUCAGCGCGUGUGGCCACGAGCUCGGCUCCUCUAUGCUCUUCACCCAGCGCAUCGGCUUCAGCGGCACGCCGAGCAACCUGCUGCCGCUUGACCUCGGCGAGUGCUUCUACGAGCCCGGCAGCGAUGGGCGUGUGCUGUCGGUGCUGACCGACCCCGCCGUUGUCACGGCAGAGGUGCUUCCGCCCGACUGGAUGCCGUUGCGCGUGCUCGACCGCAUCGCCACAGCGCACCCGCCGUACCACGCCCUCAUCGACGCCGGCGCGCUCAUUACAAACAUGGAGAAUGAGGACGUUGCACGGUACCUGCUGGGUAAACUAUCGCCCACUCUGUUUGACGGUGUCGUGUUCCUCGACAGGAAGGACAGGCAGAUGAUCCUGCAGCGCAGUAACGGGCUGAAGGUUCCGGUGGCACAGUCCGGCAUCGCUCUCACGCGCCGCUUCACCUUCUUCGAUCAAGUGCACACAACAGGGACAGACAUCAAGCAGGCCGCCUCCGUGACGGCGAUUGUGACGCUCGGAAAGGACCUUGUGUUCCGCGACUACGCCCAGGGCGCGUACCGCAUGCGUGGUGUGGGCAAAGGGCAGCGGCUGCGCCUCUACCUUAUUCCCGAGGUACUAGCGCGCAUCCACGCCACGCUCGGAGCAGCGGAGACACACAACCUACUCCUCGACGUCCCCGUGUGGCUGCUGCUCAACUCGAUGCAGAUGGAGGGGCUACAGUUCAUUAAGCUGACGACGCAGGAGCUGGCCAAUGUGUGGCGCAAGAAGGCGCUGCAGUACCUACUGGCAGAUUCCAUCCACGCAAACGCACACCCUGACGCGUACACCGAUAUGGCGCGCUGCAGACGAUUCCACAUGCAGCGCCCGCCCAUCACCAGCACGGGCAGUAAUGAGCCACCGCUUCCAACGGUGUCGCUGCUGCGUUCCUCCAUUCACGAGUUCCGGGAACUAAUUGCGUACCCCGUAGACUCGUGUGUCGAUACCCCGGUUCCCUUCCUGCAGCGCCUCACGGAACAGAUGAACGGCAAGCCGCAAGAGCUCAUCAAGGACGACGGACCAUCUCAAGAGCUUCUCCGUGGAUUGAUGCAACGCAUCGGAUCUUCGCUCACCUCCCGUGGCGGAGAGAGUUCAAACAUAGCGAAGAGGGAGUCAUCAAUGAAUUUGGAUUCGGAGGUCGUGCAUGAGCAGGAGGCGGAGGAGGAGCAGGAGCAGGAGGCGGAGCAGGAGGAGCAGCGCAUUUCUGUCGCCUCACGCGAUGACGAGUUUCAUAUUCCGUGGCGCGUGGAAACGCUUCAAACGUACAGGGAUCCACAACCAGCGAAGGGCAGCUGCUUCUACCCGCUUCACCGCCUGCGCGUGCGGCCGCAGCAACCGCUGUUACUGGUCGACGCCACAGUUCAAAUCAGCGACAACUACUACCGCGAGAAUUGGCACGGCGUGGGCGAGCGGCGCCUAAAAAACGCGUUUCUUAUGCUGGAAUGGGUACCCCCAUCGCCGAAGGAGCAGCAGCAGCAACAACAGCAACAACAACAUCAAGAGCGUGAAGAGACACCGGAGGCCAAUGAUCAUGUCGUCUACGCUGGACUUGUUACACUCGCGGAGGGGGAGUCGCUGCGAUGGAUGAUGCACCACCCAUCGGGUAUCACCGCAUCUAUUCGCAUGGCGCUGCGGGUUGUGAGCAACGGGCGCUACAUGGACGCCACCGAUGUCUUUGCGGCCACACUGCCACAUGUGCGUGAGCAGCGCAUCCGAGUACCCUUCUUGAGGCAAGAUGCCCAAGCUGCACUUACACCGGCGCCUACGGCAGUGCGUGACGGCGCCGUGCUGUUGUACCGUUUCUUCAAUAACGACAUGUUCUUCUCCAAUGGAGAGCUCGCUGUGCUGGAGCAGAUGCUGUGCGACGUUACACAUGCAGACCGACUGCAGUUCUUCAUGGACUGUCUGCGCGCUCGGCGCCGCCACCGCAACCACUGGGACGACGCCCCCGUCGCCGCACUCUUCGUGCCGGCGGAGGACCGCGAGAGUAUGCGGCCGCUGGCCAUCCUUUCAGCCCUGCGUGUUCGCUUUGAAGAGCUACAGGACAGAGUCAUGACGGCGAAAGAUGCGCAGAAGCUACGGCUUAUCGAGCAGCUGCAGUCAUUCCACACACGUGCCGAGAAGAUAGCUGCAAAGAAGAACAAUGGCCGUCAACAGCACCAACCGGCUUCGUCACGAUCUUCAGUGCCCAUGGAUGCUGUGGCGCGGCUUCUGCAUGAUGUCUUUUCGGCCGUAAUGAAACCUUUCACGCUUCACGACGUUGAGCAGACGCUGCGGUACUUGUGCCAUCACGAAUCCCCCGGCUUGACUGCGACGAGGGCCACCACUUCCCCAACUGCUGCUGCUGCUGCUGCUUACAGCGGCAUGGGCGAUGUGAGUGUUACGUUGUCUCACUUGACGGAGGCAUUUCCCGUCCUCCGAGAGGAAUUCCUGAAGAAGCGGCUGGAGGAGGCGGGGGAACCCGUGGUGUGUGACGCGGAGCCGUGGCACUGCCCAACAUGCACGCUCCUCAACGAUCCCGCGAUGCGGCGAUGUGCGGCCUGCAAUUCAGUAAAUCCCUCUGCGAGCGGGGAGACUGCAAACAGUGCCCACGGGGCGGAGCAGCCGUGGCAAUGUCCGCAGUGCACCUUCAUCAAUGCAUCUCGCCAGCAGCCGGUGUGCAGUGUCUGCCUUACAGCAAAUCCCUCCCCACUGGUUGACGCGCAACAGUCACACGGGGACGUGCGUCACGGGCUCAGUACCGCUGCUGCUUGGGAAUGCCCGUCCGGCUACUGGGUAUGCUCGGUGGAGCAUGGCGGCUGCAGUAAGUUCAACCCCAACGACGUCUUCUACUGCCAGGUGUGCGACAAGGCAAGACCCAACCUCGCUUCGCUGCGGUUCUAG